UCUGCUGUUGGCACAAAAAGCCAUACACAUGUUCAGAGCUUUUCAAGGGUAAAGAUAGUUAGAGUAGGUAGUAUACUAACAGUUUCUGUGUAUAAAACCUCUGCUUCUUAUCCCUAAAGUCCACGGAGUAAAUACUUAGAAUUCAGGGGAUCUGCAAAGUUGGAUGGGGGGGGAUUGCAUAUUAAUUUUCACCACCUUCUAGUGGAGAGUUAUCAUUUUCUUCUAUUAUGAGUGUGGACAACCACAGGACUAUUAGAAUUCCUGACUUCACCAGGUUUCAAAAAGGGUCCACAGCCUGAAACAACUUAGAUAACCUUGUUCUGCACUGUUAUUCAAAGCUUUGAGCAGGUGGGGUCACAGUGUCUAUAUUAAGACAUCCAUUUUUGUGCAAAUCCGAAUUUUAAUGGAAGUCAAAAUGGAUGGUGAGUUUGACAAACAUCUUGAACAAUAGAUUGUAGAUCGCUUACAUUCAGUUAGGAAAGAAAAUCUUUUAAUUGCAGGACUACCCUGCACUUCAGUCUGAAUGCUACAGGAUAGGUUGACUAAGCUCUGUGUUGAGGGCUGUUUAGGAGAAACAGCUGGGCAAGGGGUUCCAGGGAGGAACACACACGUUUGGAUGUUUGGUUUUGUUUUUUGUUAUUUUCUGAGCCCUUCAUGAAUUCAGCCCAGAUUCGCAUAGACGACUGCGGCAUUCAACACACACCUGCGCGGUGGGGAGCCUUGAAACCACUCACUGAGAAGUGGGAGCACCUCGCUAGAGAACACUCCUGACCAGGUUUGGAAGAAAGGAAAACAGGCGCCUGUAGACAGAUGUGUAAAUCCCAGAAAGUGAGUGUGUGGGAGAGGGUGAAAGCUAGGAAAGAAGACAAAUCCUCAAAGUCUAGUCUCAACACUGCUGUGUUGGUUUACAGAGCAGAAGGGGUUUGGCUGUCAAAUGCUCUCCUUCAACUUUUUUUUUUUUAAUGCUAACGUAGCAUCUAUUGGUAGCGUUGCUUAAGCUCUUCCGGCUGGAGAAGCAAAAAGACCUACACUUGUCAAAGCCGAGGGAAAUUGUUGUGGAAGUUAAUCCCCCCUAAAAUGCGCCCUGAGAGGGAACAAUGUAUUAGAUGAAGAAAGUCUGAAAGAACCUGCCAACCAUUAUAAAUAAGUUAAUUAUUUUUAAAAUUUAAAAGAAAUCCUUAUUUACUGACUAGGACAUGUAUAAGAAUAGUCCUUGGUGCUGGGGAUAGGUGGGGCAGCUCAAUCAACCCUGAGUCAGAGUUCCUUGUAACCUCUCCAAUCUUCUCAUCUCUGCUAGGGGUGCGAGGUCUUUUAAUCAAUCCCUAAAUUUUUUCUUAGAAAACCAAGCUUUUCUAUGUUUUGGGGGGGGGCUUUUUAUGGCCACCAAGGAUGCCCAAUUACUUAGGCUGGCAUUUUCGUCUAGAAACCAAAGCAGGGGUCGAGGCCAGCAGAACUUUAAAUCGCCAGGCGAUGCCGCCAGCCCUAGCCAGUCGGCACCAACAAAGGACAUCUCCCACCCCCGCGCCCGUUUAUACCACACUCGGCUGGGCCAGAACUGAAGGUUGUUGUUGUUUGUUUUUUUUCCCCGCCGUCAGCCUCCCAACCCCCACCCCAAGACUAUGGAACCCGUAGCCCGGGAAGGCAUCCGCCAGAGGUCAUGGGCCCACAGUCCCUCUCAUUGCCUGGGCGGGGAAACGUGGUGUCCGCUCUUCUCGGAGCCCUGAAGGCAAGAGAGGAGGAAGGCAGAGACUUUGACCGUGAGCAACAAGUAGCGGGAGCUGAAAGUGGAAGUGAUCCCCAAGUCCCCUUUCCCAAAGGCUCCGUCUGGCGGCAGGGCACAGAGCUCUAGACCGCAAAUUGACAGAGGGAGACCCGGGGAACCAGAAGCUGUUCCUUCUUGCUGCGCUCCCCUAGCCUUUGUUUCUUUGGCCAGUCCGCCCGCGGGUCGGCGUGAUUUGUAGUUGGGAGGAUUUUUAGCCCCUCUCAGGGGGGCUGUGUGGUUUCGAGGCCAGCCUCUCCGAGGUCAUCACCACCUCCAGCCCACUUCUGGCUCUGGCCAGACAGAAUUCUUGGGUUCGCGCGUCUCAGAGCGCCAGGCACCCGGGAGGAGGGAGCGGCAAAGCUAAGUGGGAAGAAGGGAGUGGAGAGAAAAGACAGGGGGAGGAGAGAAGAAAGGAUAUAAGUAGGAAGGUGAAGUGUGGUCAGGGCUUUCGGAGAAAUGAGAUAGAUGAUAGAUAGGUAGGUAGGUAGAUAGAUUGAUAGAUAGAUAGAUAGAUAGAUAGAUAGAUGAUAGAUACAUAAUUUCAGAGAAAGCGAAAAAAUAAAAUUAGGCGCAAGGGCUGCUAGCCUAGGAGUUCCUUCGCUCUCCAUCGUCUAGUCUUGAGCCGCCUUUCCUCCCUGGAUCCCGGCUCCCGCCUCCUUCGGGCUCCUGCAACAAACCACCGAAGCCGUCCCUGCUCGCCAGGUGCUGUCCAUCAGCCCCGGCAGGGCUAGGUGACGGUGGCCUGAGGGACCCCACCUAGGGAGCUCCAGGGAGUCCGAGCCCGGAUGCAGCAGGCCGCCACUCCCAGCCGAGCUGGGCGCUGAAAUUAGUAUAUAUGGCCCCGGCGCUGCAGCACCACCACCGCCACGUACAUCACCUCUUCCCUCACCCCACCCCCACCCCCACAGGGUGCGGGGACCCAGAGCGCCGCGGGGAGCUGGUCGCCCCAGCGAGCUUGGGGCGCAAGUCCGACCCCUCUGGAGCACAGCCCAGUGGCCUCCAGCAACCCACAGACUCAGCACUGCGCGCCCCACUGCCCCUUCCACUUACCGCGCCGCCACCAUCCCUCUCCGGCUCAUGGAGCGGCAGGGGGCUCUACCCAUCAGCCGCCCAGCCGGCCCGCGGCGGAGGUGCUUGGCCUCGCGUGGUCCAACAGGUUUGCUGCCGCUGCCGUCUGGCUUCUGGUCCCGGUGCUGACCACGGAGGCCGCGGUAGUAGCUCUGGACAUCAUGGCCACCAGCUCGCUGCCGCCCUCAGCCCUUCGGUGUUUCCCGGCCUUCACGAGCAGCUUCCCCAGGCCUCCGCCAGCGGUACUUUGAACGGACUUCUGCGUCUGAGGCUCCCCGGAAGAGAAAUGUACUCGCGGCCCGAACCCUUCGCGCCGGGACCCGUGGCCCGCAGUGACGCCCUGGCAGCUGCCGCGGCCCUGCACGGCUACCGGGGCCUGAACCUGACCGUGAACCUCGCCGCGCCCCACGGUCCCGGCGCCUUCUUCCGCUACAUGCGCCAGCCGAUCAAGCAGGAGCUCAUCUGCAAGUGGCUGGCGGCGGACGGCCCAGCGGCCUCGCGCCUCUGCUCCAAAACUUUCAGCACCAUGCACGAGCUGGUCACGCACGUCACCGUGGAGCACGUCGGCGGCCCGGAGCAGGCUAACCACAUCUGCUUCUGGGAGGAGUGUCCGCGCCAGGGCAAGCCCUUUAAAGCCAAAUACAAACUUGUAAAUCACAUCCGCGUGCAUACGGGCGAGAAGCCCUUCCCCUGUCCUUUCCCUGGGUGUGGGAAGGUCUUUGCUAGAUCAGAAAAUCUCAAAAUACACAAAAGAACUCACACAGGGGAGAAGCCCUUCAGGUGUGAGUUCGAGGGCUGCGAGCGACGCUUUGCCAACAGCAGCGACCGCAAGAAGCACUCGCACGUGCACACGAGCGACAAGCCAUACACGUGCAAAGUGCGCGGCUGCGACAAGUGCUACACGCACCCCAGUUCGCUGCGUAAGCACAUGAAGGUUCACGGGCGCUCGCCGCCGCCGCCUAGCUCUGGCUACGACUCGGCCACGCCAUCUGCCCUCGUGUCACCCUCGUCGGAUUUCGGCCGUGAGCCCCCGGUGGCCUCCUCGGCGGCGGUGGCGGCGCGUGGUACCGACUUGAGCGAAUGAUGUCCACCGCGUUGCUCGCAAGGUAGUCUCUCCCGGCGCAGCUGAGCUCCCGCAUCUCGCGCCUGCGACAUCAAAGAGUUCGCGCACAAAGCAAUGUUUCUUCGCCACGGUGCAUCUUCAUGGUAAGUUAGGAUUUCUAUGGCAAUGGGCAAGUCGCACUGAAAUCCUGAAAGGCCGAGCCUGGAGCCCGUCCAGGCUUUUCAUUAAGGACAUAAUAUUUACGUCUAACAGGCCUUUUUUCUUGUGUAUACAAGUAUAUAUUUUUGUUUGACGCGGACUAAAUCAUUUUCAUUUAAUUUCCGGUAAACAAAACCCACGCGAAUGGGCACUUGUUCCCGAUCAUAAUAAAAAUGGAUAAUAAUGUGAGGGAAGAAAAGGGCCGCUUGAAUCGCCGCUCAGCCUCCUUUGUUUCUGCUUUCUGCGGUGAUCAGAGGGCGCAUUUGGGUUUGAUGGCGAGUUUCUAAAGGCGAGGAAAUGGUUUGUAAGAAGGGAAAGAAAAGGAGAAAGGUCUAAUCAAGCUCGGGUUGUUCAAAGAGUCGGGUUUUGGGGUUGAAAGUGUGAGUUUGACGGUGCAUCAGCACGCCGCGUUAGGAUCGCCAUGGAAAUGCGCGCAGGGAGCGGCCGCUUCAAAGGCGGCACACUUCACUGCAGAUACUCUAUUAAGAUACAUUUGCGCUGACCUUUGCUUUCACGCCAUUUAAUACUGUCACUACGUUCUCCAGUCUAUACUUCCUCCCUAGGACCUGUUUCGACGGCGUUUAGGGGUUCACCCUGCACUCUAAUGUAGGGAGGCGCUUUGGAGCCAGGGACGAUUUCGGGAAUGGGACGUGCCGGAUUCCGUCCACCUUGGCCGCACCCCAAAGGGGCUCCAAGGUCAGGAGUAAAUAACUAUAGGGCAACCUCAGAAGCUUAGCAAAUGAGCAUCCCCAGCUCGAUUUUGUGCAAAGCACUUCUCUGCAUCUUGAACAAGGUGGAGGCCUGAAUUUGAAUGGCAUUUGCAGGGCAAGGAACCCACCUUGGAUGAGUCUGGGAAUUUCAGACUGUGCCUUUGGGACUUUUCCACUUAGGCCCCCAGUACAGCCCGUUCUGCCCCCUCUAUCCCAGAAGUCUCUUUGCAGCCUCCCAAACUUGUUUCUCCCCUGGGUGGUGUGUAUGGUACUCCACAGGGCUGGACUGGCCCUGCGCACGAGCUCAAGAGCCCAAGGCCAAGGGAAUAGGGAAGAUGGCAGGAAAGUUAGAAGUCUAUGUUCCCUUAAUUGUCUUGUUGUUUAUUUUAUCCAAGUACCCUAGUGAAUAGGGGAAAAAUAAACAUGGUGGAAAAAAAUCAAACAGUGGAGUCUUCUUUAGUGCCAGUCCUUGUGGUUGAAUAAAAAGGAUGGUCCGCUUUCUAUUGAGCUGAGAAAUCUUUGAAGUGGGAGUUAUUAUCUGAGACAUUCCUGCUUGUCGUCCUAACAACGCUGAUGAAACGUAAAAGGUUCUUUGUCAGCGAUUUGUUCUCCUCUCUGUCAAACUCCCUCUGCCCUGUUAGUUUCAAACCGUUUCUAAAGAGAUAAAAUCAAAAUUCUUUUUAAAAAAUACAUGCAUGCUAUACUAACUGAUAACUUCAGGACUAAGUCCUGCUAAGGGAAAAAGCAAUGGAAUACAGAGAUAUCAGGUCCAAGUCCUCUAGAAGUGUGCAGAUGUGGAGGGGCCCUUUGCACAGGCUCUGGGAUGUGGGGAAAGAAUGCGGAGAUGGUGCAGGCAGAGCCCACAUACUGAAAGCUCACACUGCGUGUCAGCUUCUCUAUGUUCUGGCCAGCACUCUGUUGGUCCAAGUCAGGUCACCUGGAGCCUCCUUUGGGGACCCCUCAAACUCCCAAUAUUCUUGGCUGGGACCCUUGGAACAUAAUGCUACAGCCAAGAGAUUGUUAAUAUUUCCUGCUCCUUCAAAGACAGUCUCUGCUAAAAAUAGACCCAUUGUGUGUUUCUUCUCACUAGCAGCAGUUGGCAAGCCCUUUCUGCCAUUAACAGAAAGGAGAGUGGCUUGAGGGAGACAUUGUUUACAAUUUCCUGUUUUCAUCAGAAUCUUAGAGUUCAGAAGAUUCAGUUUACAAAAUAGUGACCCCAGUGCAUGCAAAUUACCCGCUCCCAUCCACAUAUGCAGCUCUUCAUUUUAUAUUGUGCCCAGGAAAGAAACUUUCACCCUGUCCAGCUUUCCCCAAACCUCCUCAUGUGGUUUUAAAGGUGGUUGAAAUAAACAAGGACAUUCCAGCCUUCCCACCCUGUGUGUACUGACUAAAUGAUUUGUAAAGUUUCCCCAAGCUGUAACCCAUGCUGUUAUUAUAGUUGCCACAAAAUGUUGUCUCUUAUAUUGAUUUUUAUUUGCUUACUCUAGGUCCCCAUAUGUUUAUUUAUAUCACUAAUUUAUGGGAAAAUGUAAUGAUUGCAAUGAAUGUGAAUUAUAUAGACAGGCAAAUGUUUUGUAAUCAUAAUUCUCACACACACACACACACACACACAAGCCUGACUGAAACCUUAGACUAUUUAGUACCCUCUUUACCCACACUGUUUGUGAUUUAUCAUCUGUCCCCUUAGCAUCCUUAAAUUAUGAACUAACUUGAAAGAAAAAAAAGUUAUGUAUGUGACUGAAAGUGAUUGUUGAAUGAAAACAUAGUCGAAAGCCAUGGCUUAAUCUUGCUGUAAAUAUGUAAAAAUAAAUUAAAUUCUGUGAUUGUUUUUCCCUCCAAAGAUCAUUGUGUACAUGGAGCUCCAUUUUGCUAUUUUCUUUGGAAAUAAAGGAUGUGGUGUUUUCCUCCCUCUUUUGAA